UACUCAAACAUGGAUAUCAGACCAAAUCAUACAAUUUAUAUCAACAAUAUGAAUGACAAAAUUAAAAAAGAAGAAUUGAAGAGAUCCCUAUAUGCCCUGUUUCCCCAGUUUGGCCAUGUGGUGGAUAUUGUGGCCUUAAAGACCAUGAAGAUGAGGGGGCAGGCCUUUGUCAUAUUUAAGGAACUGAGCUCAUCCAUGAAUGUUUUGAGGCAGUUACAAGGAUUUCCAUUUUAUAGUAAACCAAUGCAAAUUCAGUAUGCAAAAACAGAUUCUGAUAUAAUAUCUAAAAUGUGGAGCAUUUUUGCUGACAAAGGAAAGAAAAAAGAAAAGAAAAAAGCUAAAACUGUCCCUGAUUACCCUCCAAACUAUAUUUUAUUCCUUAAUAACUUACCAGAAGAGACUAACGCGAUGAUGUUAUCCAUGCUGUUUAAUCAGUUUCCUGGUUUCAAGGAAGUACGCUUGGUACCUAGGAGGUAUGGCAUUGCCUUUGUUGAAUUUGAAAAUAAUGGAUAG